ACCACAAUACGGCUUGAAGGGAAGAAUUAUGUAGAUAACGCGAGAUUGUUUCAUUUCUGUAUAAUGUUGAAUUGGAUAUAAAGCAAAAUGCCAGCUGUUACUGCGAUGAACAGGGCCUUUACGGACCCUGUGGGUCUAUCGGGAGAGAAAGGCCUGCUGAUUGACACCAUGCAACUCGUCGAGCCAAAGGCACAGCAACCUGUUCCCAAUCACCUGUUGGAAACAAAGAUCUAUUCUACUGUUGCUCAAAAUGCCAUGGUACAAGCUAAACCAGCAGUGGUGCACUUCGGGGGAUAUACCUUACACAAGAAACAAGUCCAAACACUAAGUAUUGUCAACGCCUCCACAGAAGUCAUCAGGAUGCAUAUUAUUCCUCCCCAAACAAAAUACUUUUACCUCAAGUAUAAAAAAUCAGAGAGGUUGGUUCCCGGUCUCACAAUAGAAUGUACGAUAGAGUUCACUCCGGAUGAGUGGCGUUACUAUUAUGACUGCAUAAGGAUUAAUUGCCCUGGUGAGGAGAACCUGGUUAUCCCCAUACAUGCCUAUCCAGUGAUGAGCACAGAGGAUUUCCCACAGCAGUUUAGUUUUCCUCCUGUACCUGUUGGACACAAGAUGACAAAAGUGUUUCCCCUACGAUGUGAUGCACCUAUUGACUUUGAAUUCAACUUGACCUACAUCCAACCACAUCCAUCAUUUUCAGUCCAACCAAUGACAGGUGUAAUACCAGCCCAUGGCGAGAGUGAAGUUUCUGUGACAUUUGCUCCGUUGGAAUUCCUAACAGCCAUGAUGAAGAUACAAUUAGUUAUAUCACAGUUCAAUUCAAAACCUAUCAUCUGUAAUUUUUGUGGGACUUCUCUACCUGGAAUGUUAAAGGAAAUAUCAGAACAGCAAUAUGAAAGUGAGGAGAUUCUUGACCCACGCUCUCUGACCCCUCUCGGAAGGUCAAGGAAGAAAAGGCAAAAGGUCAAACCAAGAAAAACAAAAGAACCAGAGGAGGUAGAGUAUGGUGGAGUGCGUUUUCCACCUCAACUAGACACACCCUAUGCUGUAGCUCAGGUUUUAAAUCAAGAACCAGGCAAGCUUCGAGCCAAGGACCUCAGAGAAACUGUCAUUACUAAAAGCAAAGACAAGCCAAAGGCUGCUACAAGACAGAUGAAAGAGGCUGUAUUUGAACACAGUGUGCGACAGAACGUAUAUGAAGAGAGACAAAAUCAGUUAAGAUGGCAGGUCAAAUUUGGUGAUGAUCAGAUAACUAAUGCGGAGAGGGAGAAAAUCCUUGUGGCUCGCAAAGAUGCCUGGGAUCAGUAUAAGUAUGAGCGGCGAGGAGAUCCCAUCCCAGAGGAUGAAUAUGGUCGACAAGAAACUGCUUCCACAUUUAAACGUACAUUCCGCGAGUCAACAACAUUGGCACUGGAGACAGCUAAGUUUGACACAUACACCAAUGAUCUGUGGGCUGUUCGCCAUGCGGCACUUGAACGAUUCUCUCAAGCUGGACGUAAGGUCAUCUUGCAUGCUCGGGUUAACCACAAGCUGAACUCACUACGUAAAAUGGUGGAAGACUGGAGGAAAGAGAAAUUCAGUGCAGGAAUCGUGUCCCAGGAACGCAAAGAUAAGGUUGAAGAUGAAGAACAAAAAGAAAUGAUUCCUGCCAAUCUACCACUGCAUUACUCCAAGGUCAAACGACACCAGUUUGUCACCUAUUCUACUCCAAAUGUUAAGGAUGAUAUGGCCCCUGAUGCCCUCGGUAAGGUACCAUUUACACCUACAAAUGUUGUUGUCAAAAGGAAGGUACCAUAUUUUCAACUUAAGGUACCACAGCAGUAUAAAAUUCAAGGCUACAGACACCAUGAUGUACAUUCUGCCUCUGGGGGAUAUGUUGCCCCUAAGUUGGCGCGGCCACUGAGGACAGGGGCAGAGGAGGAAGUGAUCACAGUAACAGACACUGCUAGCGCUGUAACUCAGAUGCGCAGCAGCAUGACUGUGGAUACAGAAGAAAGGGAGGUACCUGUGGUGGAGACAUCAGAGGAAGUGAAGAUCAAACCAGUGCCUCUUAUUGCUCCCUCGUCUUUGUUCCAACCUGUAGAAUAUCCAUCACUGCAUAUAUUUAAUCCGUCCCCAGGGCUGCAAGUUUUUCAGUCUCCGAUGCCGUAUGCUGAGGUGGAUUCAGAUUUCCAUCUGUGUCCAUUGCCACGAUACUUUCGCGCAGAUCAUGCCACUAAUCCACAUGCAGCUACUCAGAGAAAAUACUUAGAUAGAGAGGAUGUGAUUCGUGGAAUUAUGGCCUGGAAAAAGUUUCCGUCACAAGGACUGACGUCAUUGACAAACACCCCAACUUUGACCAAUGUGUGGGUUCCUAGGUGGGAUGAUCCAUUUGGAGGAGAAAUGUUGCCAGCUUCAGUUCCAUCAGUGCUUGACUCAUUGCCUGAGGAUGACAAGAAAAAUAUUGAAGAGGAGGACACAGAGGACGACUCUACGGCUACAACAAGUGUCAUACUUACUCCGGGCAUGGUGAAUGCCCAGUUUCCAGUGCUUGAUCCCAAUGGACCCUCAGAUGAAAAGAUUUCAGUUGACACCUUUCCGUAUGGAAACAAACUACCUACUACCAAUAUUCCUGUGUCCAGCAAUGGUCCAGUUCCCAGAGAGAAAAGAGAGCAAGAGAUGGAAUAUUUCAUGAACAAAAAAUAUAACCGCCUUGGAGCCAAAAUACAGGCAAGAACAACAACACUAAACCUUCAAGUAACAGACCCAAAUAUCCUUCUGCAGUGAGGGAACCCAACUAGUGUGAUAAACUGAAAACUAUGUGAUUCUACAGGAAUUGUUUGGUUCCAUAGAAACUAUGUGGUUCUACAGAAAUUGUUUGGUUCUAAAGGAAAUUUGUGGUUCUAUGGAAAUUGUAUAGUUCUAAAGUAAAUUUGUGGUUCUACAGAAAUUGUAUGGUUCCAUAGAAACUAUGUGGUUCUACAGAAAUUGUGUUGUCCUACAGGAACUAUGUGUGGUUUUACAGGAACUGUGAGGUUCUACAGAAACUGUGUGAACCUACUGGUACAGUGUAAUUCUACAGAAAUUACCUGGUUCCAGGAAAACUGUAGUUCUACAGAUACUGAUAUUCAAUAGAAACUGUGAGUUUCUACAGAAACCAUGUAAUUCUCCAGAU